AAUAAAAAAAAAAAAAGAAGAAGAAAAGGCAAAAAAAGUGGGAAAGUGAGAAGGAUCUUUCGUUGGGGAUCCUCCUUGGAGGGGUUCACUCGGCGCUUUGGGUUUGACCAACUCAACUCUAAUAAUCUUCUCUGCCUUCCUCUCUUCUUCUUCUUUCUUCUUUCAUCUCUUUCUUUUAUUAAUCCCCUUUCUUUUCUAACUUUCUCGAUUCAUCAGAGCCAUGGGUGUCUGUUUCUCCGCCAUUAGAGUCACUGGUGCUAGCAGCAGUAGACGAAGCAGUCAGACCAAAUCCAAGGCUGCUCCUACUCCCAUCGAUACCAAGGCCUCUACCAAACGCCGAACCGGCUCCAUCCCCUGCGGCAAGCGUACCGAUUUUGGCUACUCCAAAGACUUCCACGAUCACUACACCAUCGGCAAGUUGCUCGGCCAUGGUCAAUUCGGCUACACCUACGUCGCCAUCCACAGACCCAAUGGAGAUCGCGUCGCCGUCAAAAGACUCGAUAAGUCUAAGAUGGUUCUUCCUAUUGCUGUUGAGGAUGUCAAGCGUGAGGUUCAGAUUCUUAUUGCUCUCUCUGGCCACGAGAAUGUUGUUCAGUUUCACAAUGCCUUUGAGGAUGACGAUUACGUCUAUAUUGUUAUGGAGUUGUGCGAAGGAGGCGAAUUGCUGGAUAGGAUAUUAUCCAAGAAAGGUAAUCGGUACUCCGAGAAAGAUGCAGCCGUUGUCGUUAGGCAGAUGCUCAAAGUUGCAGGAGAAUGUCAUCUACACGGUCUUGUACAUAGAGAUAUGAAACCAGAGAACUUUUUGUUCAAAUCAGCUCAACUAGAUUCGCCUCUAAAGGCUACGGAUUUUGGUUUAUCGGAUUUUAUCAAACCAGGGAAAAGGUUCCAUGACAUUGUUGGUAGCGCCUAUUAUGUGGCUCCUGAGGUAUUAAAGCGCAGAUCAGGGCCUGAAUCAGAUGUAUGGAGCAUUGGUGUGAUUACGUAUAUAUUACUUUGUGGGAGGCGGCCUUUUUGGGAUAGAACUGAAGAUGGUAUAUUUAAAGAGGUUUUAAGAAAUAAACCUGACUUCAGCCGUAAACCUUGGGCAACUAUAAGUGACAGCGCCAAAGAUUUUGUGAAAAAGUUACUUGUAAAAGACCCACGAGCACGGCUAACUGCUGCACAAGCACUAUCACAUGCGUGGGUUAGAGAAGGCGGGAAUGCUACUGAUAUCCCUGUCGACAUUUCAGUUCUGAACAACUUAAGACAAUUUGUGAGAUACAGCCGUCUAAAGCAAUUUGCUUUAAGGGCGCUUGCUAGCACACUUGACGAGGCAGAGAUCUCUGACCUCAGAGAUCAAUUUGAUGCGAUUGAUGUGGAUAAAAAUGGCGUCAUUAGUCUUGAAGAGAUGAGACAGGCACUUGCCAAAGAUCUUCCUUGGAAACUGAAAGACUCACGAGUUGCUGAGAUCCUUGAAGCGGUAGUUAUAUUUUUGUUUUCCAUUGCAAUUGCAUCUCUGGGGGUAUCAGAGGGAGACGUAGUUUCAUAAUGAGCCGUUGUGUACUUGUAUCUUUGCUGGUCACAGAUUGAUAGCAACACUGAUGGGUUAGUGGACUUCACAGAGUUUGUAGCAGCAGCUCUACAUGUUCAUCAACUAGAAGAACAUGAUUCAGAGAAAUGGCAGCUAAGGUCAAGAGCAGCUUUUGAGAAAUUCGACCUAGACAAAGACGGGUACAUAACGCCUGAGGAACUUCGAAUGGUAAGCUGAACUAACCUCUUAUCAAUAUUCUCGUACGGUAGAGUAGAUGUUUAGGUAAGUGGGUGAUGAAACCCAAUUUGUUUGUGAAUCCUCAGCACACGGGGUUAAGAGGAUCAAUAGAUCCACUGCUGGAUGAAGCAGACAUAGACAGAGAUGGGAAAAUAAGCCUGCAUGAGUUCAGGAGACUUCUAAGAACAGCGAGCAUAAGUUCACAGAGAGCACCAAGCCCUGCAGGUCACAGGAAUCUUCGAUAGUAUAUACUAGAAGAGGAGUAAGUAAAGGAUACAGAAUGUAAUUUGUUGGGAUGUGAUAUGUCUUAUCUUCUUAUAUGUAAUGUUGGUUGUAAGAUAAGUGGGGUAUUUUGGCGUUUGUAGUGAUAAGUAAGUAAUACUUUGGUUGUUUAAGGCGCAGCAAAACAAAGAGAGAAAGUGGAGUGAGAAUCCCAUUGAUGAAAUAUGAGAGAGCUCUUAAGGUGCACUAGAUGCAAGAGGACACGUGGCAUUCCCUGAAUGGGGGACAAAUCCAAUUUUAAAUUUUUAAUGGUUGGGCACCAAAAGAAACAUAGAGAGCCAGCUGUAAUUUCGAUUCUAUCAUAUAUUUUGUCUGUUUCCAUUUUUCUUAUAAUAUUCGUUUUGAGAGCACCAAACAAACCCUUUUCUAUGAGUAUUUUCCAGCCAGGAUCUGAGUGGCUCCAACGAAUUUAGUAAACAAUGAUUGAUUA